AUGGAAGCCAGCAAUGGAAGUUCCAGGACAGACUUCAUCCUUCUGGGCUUUUCUGAUCGGCCCCAAUUAGAACGCAUCAUCUCUGCAUUUGUCUUCAUCUUCUAUAUUGUAACUCUGGUAGGAAACACAACUAUCAUUCUUGUAUCUUACCUAGACACCCAGCUCCAUACUCCCAUGUAUUUCUUCUUAUCCAAUUUGUCUUUUUUGGACCUCUGUUAUACAACUAGCAUUAUCCCCCAGAUGCUGGUAAAUCUAUGGGGUCCAAAAAAGUCUAUUACAUAUGGAGGAUGUGUGCUCCAAUUCUUCUUUGCCCUUGACUUGGGAGCCACAGAAUGUCUUCUCUUGGCUGUGAUGGCUUAUGAUCGCUAUGCUGCUGUCUGUCAACCUCUUCACUACACAGUAAUAAUGCACUCUCAGCUCUGCCAGAAGAUGGUGCUGACCGCCUGGUUAGGUGGCCUUGGCAGUGCCUUAAUUCUUUGCACCUUGACUUUGAAGUUGCCAAGAUGUGGGCACCAGAAGGUGGAUAAUUUUUUCUGUGAGAUGCCAGCAUUGAUCAAGAUGGCGUGUGUCUAUUCAAAAGUAAUUGAGGUUGUUGUCUUUGCUCUUGGAGUGGUAUUUCUUCUAGUACCUCUAUCGCUAAUUCUGAUUUCAUAUGUAGUUAUCACUCAAGCUGUCAUGAAGAUCAAGUCAGAAGCAAGGUGGCAAAAGAUCUUCAAUACAUGUGGUUCCCACCUCACAGUAGUAACUCUGUUUUAUGGAACAAUCAUCUAUAUGUACAUGAAGCCACAUUCCAGCACCUCCCAAGAUGAGGGGAAGUUCUUUACUCUCUUUUACACAAUUGUCACACCCAGCCUUAACCCUCUGAUAUACACUUUAAGAAACAAAGAUGUAAAGAGUGCAAUAAAGAAAAUACUAUGGAUACAAAAAUGGGCAGCAAAAUCAUGAAUUAGAGGGAAAAAAUCAGA